GCGGGGGGCAGCAGCGUCUCCCCUUCGGAGACCCGCGGGGUGAGCAGCAGCCCUGAGGGCUCCGAGCCUUCCCCAGGAGAAGGGGCGAUUGUUUCCCCUCUCCCCCCCCUUUCCAAGCUGUGGGGGAUUUAGUUCCCCUCCGCCUGUUGAGAUCAAACUUCCCACUGUGGGGGGAGGAGGGGACUCGGAGCAAAGGGAAGGAGCCGCUGUGGCUGCCCCGGCUUUGCUACAAUGCUGUCCAACUCUCCGAACCCGAAUCCCCAGGUGCUGUUCCCCACCCCCCCUCCUCCGCCCCCGCCGCCCCCCCAUCAGCAGCCGCCGCCCCAGCAGCACCCUCCCGUCCAGCAACAGUUCCCCCAGUUCAACGUGAAAUCAGGCCUCCAGAUCAAGAAAAAUGCCAUCACGGAUGAUUACAAGGUCACCACGCAAGUGCUGGGGCUGGGCAUCAACGGGAAAGUUUUGGAAAUCUUUAACAAGAAGACUGGAGAGAAAUUUGCUCUGAAGAUGCUGCAGGACUGCCCCAAAGCCCGCAGGGAAGUCGAACUCCACUGGAGGGCAUCUCAGUGUGCCCACAUUGUAAAGAUCAUUGAUGUCUAUGAAAACCUGUACCAGGGGAGGAAAUGCCUGCUUAUAAUCAUGGAGUGCUUGGAUGGUGGGGAGCUCUUCAGUCGAAUUCAAGAUAGGGGAGACCAGGCCUUCACGGAACGGGAGGCUUCAGAAAUAAUGAAGAGCAUUGGAGAAGCCAUCCAGUACUUGCACUCGAUUAACAUAGCACACCGGGAUGUGAAGCCAGAAAACCUCUUGUACACCUCGAAAAGGCCCAACACUGUACUGAAACUCACCGAUUUCGGCUUUGCUAAAGAAACCACCACACACAACUCCCUGGCCACACCGUGCUACACACCUUACUACGUGGCCCCGGAGGUGCUGGGCCCGGAGAAGUAUGACAAGUCCUGUGACAUGUGGUCCCUGGGCGUCAUCAUGUACAUUUUGCUGUGUGGGUAUCCCCCUUUCUAUUCGAACCACGGUCUGGCCAUUUCUCCAGGCAUGAAAAAACGGAUCCGAAUGGGCCAAUAUGAAUUUCCCAACCCUGAGUGGUCAGAAGUGUCCGAAGAAGUUAAACAGUUGAUCCGGAACCUGCUGAAGACGGAUCCGACCCAGCGCAUGACGAUAACGGAGUUCAUGAACCACUCCUGGAUCAUGCAAUCGAUGCAGGUGCCCCAGACGCCGCUGCACACUAGUCGAGUCUUGAAAGAAGAGAAAGACUUGUGGGAGGACGUCAAGGAGGAGAUGACGAGUGCCUUGGCCACCAUGAGAGUAGAUUACGAACAAAUUAAGAUAAAGAAAAUCGAAGACUCCUCCAACCCUUUGCUCAUGAAGAGACGAAAGAAAGCGAACCCCUCUGAGCCGACAGCACUCCCCCACUGAGGGCCCCCUCUGAGCCCUGCCUGGCCGUCGAGAAAGCAAUAGUAUAUAUAUAUUUUUUAAGAAAAGGACAAAGACGGACUUCAUCAAACAUGUGGAACUCCGACAUUUAUACCAGACGUGUUGUUUUUUAGCUACCCACCCAUGUUUCUGGCCUUUUUGGCGCAGGUGAGGAGAUGGCCCCUGUGAGAUACACACAUCUUUAUUUUUGGCCUGAGAGUUGAACAGCUCCGGUAAUUUGUAUUUUUUUUUUUUUUUUGGUUAAAUAUUUUUUUCCUUCUUCCUUACAAAGACAUGGAAAUUCCUGUGGCGACCUUUUUAGGGUAUAUAAUAUAUAAAUAUUUUUUAAAACUACUGUAAUGCUGAAACCCAGACAGUAUGUUUCCCGUGCGAAGCGCUGGUCUAGAGACGAAGGCUUCUGGGCUGUUUUGCCUAGUGCUGAUGGAUUAACCCCUCAGGUGAGCCUCUGGUAAACACAGGCUGAAGCAAAGAGGCUCAGGGAUAGGAACAUACUGUGUGGCUUCUAGUCCCUUCCACGCUCCUUUUCUUAAUUUCUCU